AUGUCUGACGCCGGUCGCAAGGAUUUCUCCACCAAGGCCAAGGAGGAGGCCACCCCUGACUUCACCAAGUCCACCCAGCAAAAGGUCAAGGAGACUGUUACCGACACCGGUGACCGCGUUGCCCGUGGCUUGCAGACUGAUGACAGCAAGGGUGCUGGCCAGGAGACUUUUGACAAGACCCAGCGCGCCAGUGACAAUGAGGCCCACGGCGGUGCCACCGGCUCCAUUGGUGACAAGGUCAAGGAUGCCCUCGGCUUCGGUGGCAAGUAA